UUCAGUGUGAGAAAAUUUAAUGGUUGUCUGGCCUAAGUUAAUAGAUAGGUUUAUUUGUUUGCGUGGGUCCACUGUCAUUCCGGUUAAAAUUGCCAACAUAAGAAAUUUUAACACUUCUGCAUAUUUAAUCACGAUUCCCGGGAAUUGUGUCGUUUUCUAAAAAAUGGCGGGGCUAAAUGUUGCUCCCAAACGAAAGGAAAUUUACAAGUACGAAGCACCAUGGACUCUUUACAGUAUGAAUUGGUCAGUGCGUCCAGAUAAGAGAUUCAGAUUGGCUAUUGGAAGUUUUGUAGAAGAAUACAACAACAAAGUUCAAGUAAUUUCAUUAGAUGAAGAUUCAGCAGAAUUCAGUGCCAAAAGUACUUUUGAUCAUCCAUAUCCUACUACAAAAAUUAUGUGGAUUCCUGACGCGAAAGGUGUUUUUCCUGAUUUACUGGCUACAAGUGGGGACUAUCUACGCAUAUGGAAAGCAGGAGAACCAGACACAAGAUUAGAAUGCCUCCUUAACAAUAACAAAAACUCAGACUUCUGUGCUCCUCUUACAAGUUUUGAUUGGAAUGAAGUUGAACCUAACCUUAUUGGAACAUCUAGUAUUGACACCACAUGUACCAUAUGGGGUUUGGAAACUGGACAGGUUGUUGGUCGAGUUGGUGGCCCUGGUGUAGCAGGACACGUAAAAACUCAGUUAAUCGCACACGAUAAAGAGGUCUAUGAUAUCGCAUUCAGCCGGGCAGGAGGCGGGCGAGAUAUGUUUGCAUCUGUUGGCGCUGAUGGGUCCGUGAGAAUGUUUGACCUUAGACACCUAGAACAUUCAACAAUCAUCUAUGAAGAUCCUCAGCAUCGUCCUCUGUUAAGACUAGCAUGGAAUAGACAGGACCCUUCUUAUUUAGCAACGAUAUCCAUGGAUGCUUGUGAAGUGGUAAUACUCGAUGUAAGAGUGCCGUGUACUCCCGUCGCUCGUUUGAGUAAUCACAGGGCAUGUGUAAAUGGCAUCGCUUGGGCCCCACAUUCUUCCUGUCAUAUUUGCACAGCUGGUGAUGACCAUCAAGCCUUGAUAUGGGAUAUCCAGCAAAUGCCGCGGGCCAUUGAAGAUCCCAUACUUGCAUACACAGCGGCUGAAGGUGAAAUCAACCAAAUCCAGUGGGGAGCAACACAACCAGAUUGGAUUGCCAUUUGCUACAAUCGAUCCCUUGAAAUUUUACGAGUUUAAUGCUUUAAUACCUAUAUAUAUCAAAACUGAGUAUGACUAAUGUCUGAAAACUUCUCAUCAGGUUAUCUUAGAUCGUGUUUUUUUUUAAUAAUUCGUAUCCUCUCGUGAAUCGGUUCGUUGAUUUGUAAUUAAAAUAAGGAAAAUAUCAUAAGAAUGUGACAUUUGA